ACAGUCAGGCUUUCCCGGGGGUGGCGGGCAUCGGGAGGCCCGGAUUAAACGCGGCGCCCGGCUGGCGAGAUUGGGGUCGCGCGGUCACGCUCCAGGUGCCCCUCGAGGGGUCCCGGGGUCCCGGGGUCCCGGCCCCGCCGCCGCGCCCCGCCCAGCUCUGUCCCCGCAGCCUCGCGGGCUGCCGGGCUUUGUGGUUCGCCCGUGCGGCCGGGCCCCUGCUGGGGGUGUCGUUACGAGCAUGUGCAGACAGCAGCCCAAGCCUUCAGGAUAAUUCCUUCAGCAGCACCGCUGUAACAGAGUGUGACGAAGACACAGUCUCUCUGCAUGAAGAUCAGACUGACUGCUCUAGUCUCAGAGAUGAAGACAAUAAAGAAAAUUAUCCUGAUGCCGGGGCUGCGCUAGAGGAGCCCGUGCCGUCCCGCGAGCCACCGCAGCAUGUAGAGCAGCCCGCGAGGCUGGACGUGCUGCGACCCAGCAUGGGCAACUUCAAGUCCCGGAAACCCAAGUCCAUCUUCAAGGCCGAGAACGGGAGGAGCCACGGAGAAAGUCAGGAGACAGAGCAUGUGGUACCCAGCCAGUCAGAGUGUCGGGGGAGAACAGGAACGCCAGCUCAGGAGAGUCCACAAAACCACACCUUCAGGUGCCAAGAAACCGUGCGAGCUCAACGAAGAAUAGACCAGAGGGCGGCCGUGUGGCCAAAGGAUGAAACUCAGCAGGACCUCAAUGAGGAAGAAGCCGCUCAGGUGCACGGAGUCAAGGAUCCAGCCCCAGCGUCCAGCCAGAGUGCACCUGCUGAGGGGGCAGACGCCACAGACCCUGUGCCAGCGCACAAAGACGUGCAGAAUGGAGCGGACAGCGCGCCAGAAGACCUCCAGUCUGUUGAGACUAGCAGGCUUCUCUAUCACAUCACUGAUGGUGACAACCCGCUUCUGUCACCACGAUGCUCCAUCUUCAGCCAAAGCCAGAGAUUCAACUUAGACCCUGAAUCAGCCCCUUCUCCACCCAGCACUCAGCAGUUUAUGAUGCCCCGAAGUUCUUCACGGUGCAGCUGUGGUGAUGGCAAAGAGCCACAGACCAUCACCCAGCUCACCAAGCACAUCCAGAGCCUCAAGCGGAAAAUUCGGAAAUUUGAAGAAAAAUUUGAACAAGAAAAGAAAUACCGGCCUUCACAUGGUGACAAGACAUCUAAUCCUGAAGUCCUGAAAUGGAUGAAUGAUUUGGCUAAAGGUCGUAAACAGCUCAAAGAACUAAAGCUGAAGCUGUCAGAAGAACAAGGGAGUGCUCCCAAAGGCCCACCUAGAAAUCCAUCCUGUGAGCAACCUGCAGUCCCCCGAGAGAAUGGGAAGCCGGAAGCUGUGGGCCCUGAGCCAGGCUCCUCUGGAGAGGAGACUCCAGAUGCUGUGUUGACAUGCGUGAAGGAGAAGAGAGAGCAGCUUCCUUCUCAGGACAUUUCUAAGGUAACUAAGCAAGACAAGAACCUCAUAAAGCCUCUUUAUGACAGAUACAGAAUUAUCAAGCAAAUCUUGUCCACGCCUUCCCUUAUUCCAACAAUUCAGGAGGAAGAAGACUCUGAUGAAGACUGUCCACAGGGAAGCCAACAACCUUCUUUGCCAAACCCAGCAUCCCACCUUCCUAUUGGCGACCACCUCACCUACUCUAAUGAGACUGAGCCUGUUAGGCUCCUGCUACCAGAUGAAAAGAAAGAAAUGAAACAACCAGCUCUCUCCAUGUCCAAUUUACAUGAGGCCACCAUGCCUGUACUUCUUGACCAUCUCCGAGAAACUAGGGCUGACAAGAAGAGACUUCGGAAAGCCUUAAGAGAAUUUGAGGAACAGUUUUUUAAACAAACAGGAAGAAGUCCACAAAAGGAAGAUAGGAUACCAAUGGCAGAUGAGUACUACGAAUACAAGCAUAUAAAAGCCAAACUGAGACUAUUAGAGGUCCUCAUCAGCAAGCAAGAUGUGGCCAAAACUAUUUGAGGUUCAGGAAAUGUUUGUGAUCACUUUGACCCAAGAUAAGUCAAGUUUAUUUUCCUCUGCCGUUCUUGCUAAGUAGUUACGACAAAUGAAAAUUGAAGCACUUUAGUGUAUUAGCUGUUUUUAAGAAUGGAUGGCAAGUGUAAUUAUAAAUGAGUAGAAGGGAUUAAAAAGGGAGGAGAUACAACAAGGAACAGUAUAAUUGGAAGAUAAAAUUCAGCCUUCUCCAUGCCAGGGAGAAAAUGCAGUCAAUAUAAUUAUUUCAGAAAGCAUCUAUUUUAUCAAAUCUAAAUAACACAAAGCAUCCACCUGCUAAAUGGGCUACUGGUUAAGAAAGUCUACUUAGUGUCCAAAGAUUGCUUAUAUUGACAUAUGGAAAAGAGCAUAAUUUAAAAAAAUCAGUAAGAGGAAGAAAAGAAACUUUAUUUUAUGUAGGAAGGAAUACAGCUAGUAAGAAUCUAAUUUAUUUGAAACUUCUAAUAGAUUUUUUAAGUGAUAAAAAAAAAAUCUACUACCUUGUUCCUUAAAUUUGCUAGGCUUUCAG